AUGUCCGAAGUCGCUUCACGGCCCUCCGCCUCGCGCGGCAGAGGCAGCGGUCGCGGCGGAAGAGGAGGCUUUGCCGGUCGUGGUGGCCGCAGACCCAACGGCGACAAGUCUGACCACAAGGCGGCCGACGACGGCCUCGGUGCCUUUGACGACGAGGGCGACUUUGCCGACCUUCGAAAGCAAUAUGGCGGCAAGACGUCGGUGAUUCGCGAGAUGUUCCCCGACUGGUCCGAGGUGGAUGUGCUGUUUGCACUCCAGGAGACCAACGGCGACGAGAACGAGGCGGUCGCGCGCAUUGCUGAAGGCACAAUCUCUCAGUGGGGCGAAGUCUCCAAGCCCAAGAAGACGACCCGCGCAAAGGGCAAGGACGCAACGACCUCCGCCCCUGCAGCUGCCGAGCAAACCAGCACCGCAGGCCGACCUGCUCGCGGCGGUCGUGCUGCCUCCGAGGGAGGCCGUGGUCGAGGUCGAGGCUCCGACAGAGGCGGUGCUGCCCGUGGUGGUCGUGGCCGAUCCACUCACGCUGGCGCCAACGGCGCUCGCAACAAGGAAACCAGCCAGCUCUCUGUCCCAACCGAGGAGUCGUCCGCGUGGGACAAUGAGAAGCCUCAAGCCGAUAAGCCCGAGCCCAAGACCGCCGCUGCGGAAAAGCCCACCGUCUCUACCACCACGUCUGAUGCCCCCAAGGCUGCUGCUCCCCAAGCCAAGACUUGGGCGAGCAUGCUGCGACAGUCGACUGCGCCUAAGCCCGUCCCUGCACCCAAGGAGGCUCCCGCCCCCAAGCCCGUCGAGCCUGUCGAACCCCAAGUCACUGCCGAGCCUGUCCAGCCUGAACCCGAACCCGCCACCGAAGAAGCUGAGGAGGCCACGCCUGUUGCACAGCACGCCGAGCCCGUUCAAGUCCCAGCCAUCGCACAGCCCGACGCCUCUCUUCCCCCGACCAAGGACGAGCUCACGGAGACGAAUCUCGAGCAGGUUGUUGACGACUCCAACCCACCCGCAACCGGCACUGCCGCAAGCACAGCUGCUGACUCUUGGGACCCUCGACAGAGCCCCGUUAGUGCCAACGCCACGCCUCUCUCGGCCGCUCAGCAGCAACACCAGGCUCAGCGCGCCGCCGCCAGUGGAUUUGCUACGUCUGCCAUCAAGGCAACGGCGGAGCGAUCCACGCGGGCUCCCAGCUACCAGCGACGCGUCUUGGACCAAGAGGAGGCUGUGCGCAUGCCUGGCAACCGCGAGGUGGAUCGUGCGGCCGUGCGCUUUGGCGCCUUCAGCCUGAACGGCGGCGAGGAGGACGUUGAUGGCGAGCGUGAGGAGCCCGAGACCCGCGCGCAGCCCCCAGCCGACUCCCCUGUUGCCCACCCCCGCGCCUCUCUGCCCCCCGUUUCUCAACCCGUUGCGGUUCCCGAGCCGUUCUCCCAAAAGCCUGGAGCCGCCGCUCCUACUGGCCCGGCUGGAAACGUGCCUACUGGUCCCGCCGCUCACGCGCAGGUUCCCCAAGCUGCGGUUCCCGGCGCUCAGCAGUAUGGCCGAUUCGGACAUGGUGUUUCCCAGGAGGCUGCACCUGCGGCCCAGAAGCCUGUCGACCCGUUUGCCCAGCAGAGUACCCCCGUCACGCAAGCUCCCUUCGACUCCUACGCUGCCCAGACCUCCCAGCCGCCUGCCCAGCAGCCGGCGGGCGCCUUCAGCUCCGCUCCCAGCGACUACUCCAACUACUACACCGCGAAUCAGCAAGAACGAAACCCCUACAACUACUACGGGCAGCAGUAUGGCGCCCAGCAGGGUGUCCACGGCCAGCACGACGGCCCCCCGUCGCAGCAGCGUGCGUUUAGUGGUUACGCCCAGGCCGAUAACCUCAGCCAGUACCCGCAGAGCGGCGCGAUGCACAACCAGCCCCGGUUCGGCGGCUCUGGCGAAGGCCAGAACAGCGGCCACUCAACCCCCAACCCCACCGCGCAGUCGCAGCAGCAGCAGCCGCAGCCUCAGGGCCAGCAGUCACAGCAGGCCCAGCAGCAGCAGGCGACGCAGCAGCCUCAGCAGCAGGGUGCUCCUGGUGCGCAGCCGCAGUCUCAUGGGCAGUAUGCGAACUACAACCACCCCUACUACACCAACCCCUACUACCACCAGUACUACUCUGGAUACGGCCAGAGUAACUUUGGCCCGUACGCUGGCAAAGGUGGAAUGUAUGGACAGCCCUACGGCGUGUCGCCCAACGCCCCUUAUGACCACACUUCGUCGCCGGGCGCUUUCGGCCCUUCGUCGCUGCAUCGGGAGAGCGGACUGGGUUCCGGUCUGGGCGACUACGGCCGCGCCGGAUCUGGUCAGGCUGGCAACCAGCCCGGCCUGGGCGGCAGCAGCUUCGGCGGGGCACACGACAGCUACGCGCGCGGCGCGUCUUCUUUCCAGUCUCAGGGUCAGGGCUUCGGCAGCCAGACUCAGCCUGCCACGGGUGGAUCGACCGACGACCUGAAGCCCUUCGGCGACGCCAAGACGGGGUCGGGCCCGUCGCCGGCCCUCGGAGGCGGCCCUCGCCCGGGAUCGGCCACCAACACCGCGCCUAGCGGACAGAGUGGCCUGCCCCCGCCUCAGACGUCGCAGAUGGGUGGCGCGUACGGCGGCUACCCGAGCCAUCUCCAGGGCCACGGCCUCCACGGAAGCGGCGCAUACGGCAUGGGCGCCGGCGCUGGUGCCAACCAGCACGGCAACAGCCCGUACGGCUCGUACAACCAGGGAUUCGGCAGUGGUUACUACGGCGGCCAGCAGCAGCAGCAGCGCGGCGGCUGGGGCGGAAACUACCACUAG